CUUUGAUGGGGACGAGCCGAGCCCUCGAUGACCGCGACGCGAGGGGCAGGUCGCAUUUGGUUGGUCCUCCUCCCCCCGCUCCUUCAUCCUACCUCUCCUCCUCCUCCUCCCUCCGCCUCCUCGGCCGCCGAGCCGCGGACAACGGACGGGCAACUCCGGGGUGCCGCCUCCAACUUCCAGCUCCAGCGAUGGAUAUGUCUUCUAGCUCUUACCAUCAGGAAAUUAGCCUUUUUUAUUUUUACCAUGAGUAAAAGCCGAGGUCCGCAGCUUUCGUGAUCAUUCUAAGCAGAGGUUCUUAUCAUACAAUUGCUAUCGGCAACAGGAGAAGAGUACUAAAAUCGUACUUAAUUGGGUUUGUCCAGCCUCUGGUUCCUGCGGAAAUGAAAUCUGGGCUGUGUACUAUCUAUUAACUGCAAAGGGCUACUUGUAUCGUGCAAGGAUAAUUUGCCUUACUUGCAUGAAAUAGUGUAGAAGUGACCUGUUACUUUCACUUGUUAGUUUCACUUUCAUUAGUGUCUGUGGAUGUUGAGGGUCAUUCCCAUUGCGGAAAUACAUUGUGAAGGUGAAACUGACAGGCAUCCUCUCCUGAUGGAUAGAGGAAGUAACACAACUGGCCACGAACACUUGGUUGAUAUACCACAGGUUAAUAAUGUGGAAAAUUUGUCAGCAGAGGUGCAUCAGAUCAACAGAUCUUCAAUCAGCACAUCUCCUCUUGUCUCUCGAACAUCUUCAAUGUCACCUGACAAUGCUAACUCUGAAAAUGGUUCUGUAAAUAGAAGAGCAGAUAAUUAUGUUCGAAGGAGCAGGAACCCUUUAAAUUCUGGUUUGUGGAUUUCUGUUGAACUUGUUGUCAACGUCAGCCAGAUUGUAGCAGCUAUUAUAGUCCUCUGCUUGUCUAGAAAUGAGCAUCCUCAUGCUCCAUUAUUUGAAUGGAUCAUUGGUUAUACAGUAGGCUGUGUCGCUACUCUUCCUCACCUUUAUUGGCGCUACAUUCAUCGCAACAAUCAAGGUUCUAUUCAAGAGUCAACUCAUUCAAACCAGACAAACAUCCACAACAAUACUCCUGAAUAUGAAUCUGCUUCUGUUACUGCAAACUCAGGGCGUGAAAGCAACCAUUCAAUUGCUUCUGACACACAAGUUGGACAAAACAUUAUAAUUUCUAAUCCAAGGAUUAAUGCACUUUUUGAUCAUUUCAAGAUGGGCUUGGAUUGCUUUUUUGCUGCAUGGUUUGUUGUCGGAAAUGUACGGAUAUUUGGUGAUCGUUCCUCCCCUGAGGAUGCACCCAAUCUGUUCCGGUUAUGUAUAGUCUUCCUUGCAUUCAGCUGUGUUGGGUAUGCAAUGCCCUUCAUUUUGUGUGCAACCAUCUGUUGCUGCUUGCCGUGUAUAAUAUCCGUCAUGGGUUUUCGAGAAGACACAAACCACGAUCGAGGUGCCACUCCUGAAUCAAUCAACGCACUCCCAACAUACAAAUUUAAAUCUAAGCGGCGGCAUAACAGAGGAGAGGGCGGAAGCAACUCAGAUACUCAAGGUGGAGGGGUAUUUGCUCCUGGCACAGAUAAAGAGAGAAUCAUGUCUGCCGAAGAUGCUGUUUGCUGCAUAUGCCUGGCUAAAUAUCUGGACAACGAGGAGCUCCGUGAACUGCCCUGCCGCCAUUUCUUCCACAAGGGUUGUGUGGAUAAAUGGCUCAAGAUAAAUGCUCUCUGUCCCCUUUGCAAAACGGAGAUUGAAGACACCGCGUCUUCCACAACGAGCGGUGGCAACAACCGCAACCGGUGGAUGGCAGGAAGCAGCGUUUAACAACAAACAAUGAGCAGAUGCCUUUAUCGCAAUCGGAAUGAUCCCCGAUGAUGAGUCGCUGAUUCCUUUAUGUCAAAGGAUUGAUUUCCCAUGUAGAGCAAAAGAAAAAAACAGAAAGAAGGAAAUGCAGCAGAUGCCUUGAUUCUGUGUCAAACUCUUUUGAACAGGUCUAGUUUUGUAUAUAUAUGUAUCAGUGAAUUCAGAGACGAUCAUCAUCAAAUCAUUUUUAUUGGAACAAUUGAAAUCUAAUUGAGAUUAUAUAUUUCUUUCUUUCUA